AUGCCUAGGUGGAGAGCUCCCUUGGAAGAACCUUGGGCUAAUAUUAUUGGAAAGUAUACCUUAUUUGUAGCAAGACAUCCAUGGUGGUUCAUUAUCAUUCCAACUAUUUUUUCUGCUAUUUUUUCGCUUGGAAUUCUGAGCCAUUUUCAUAUCGUUCGAGGUGUACGUUAUCUCUAUUCCCCGGUAGAUGCUCUAUGGAAGGGAGAAGAAUCAGUUCUUAUGGAGAACUGGGCAGCAGAUGAUCAACACUUCUACCCAGGAAAAGAUGUCACCAGAAGACGAGGAUUAUAUUUAAUACUUAAAACUAAGAACGGUGAAAACAUAUUAAGUCCCGAGCAUUCCGGAGAUGUGAUUAAGGCUAUGGACUGGGUAAUCAACACACGCUUUCUAAAGAAGACAUCUAAUGAGAGCUUCACUUAUAAAGAUGUCUGUCUUCGUUUUCAGAACGAGUGUUUCACUAACCAGCACGUUCGUCUGAUUGCUGAUAUCUUCUCUAACGUGGAUCAGACUGCCAUAAAUGUUAGUUAUCCAACUUUCCGAACAAAGUUCGCCACAGAGCCUAUUGAUUUGACCAGCGCGUUGGGAAAUGUAACCGUCGAUAAGCAUGGUCAUUUGUCUAAAGCAACAGCUUGGUUGUUGUUGUACCAACUGAAAGGUCAAACUCCAGAAAUCAACGAAUUAUCCUCACAAUUCGAAAACGUGAUCGCAGAUCACAUAAAUAAAGGAAAAGUUCCAGUUGGUCGUCUUAGUCUAUUUUACUUUCACUCGGAUACUUUCGAUCAGGAACUCUCCAGAGAGAACAAACGCAUAACUCCGAAAUUUGCCAUCACUUUCACAGUACUCAUUAUAUUCUCCAUUUUCUGUACUUUCACAACGAAAUGGGUCCAGAUACCUGAAAAUACUCUACUUUUUCGAGUUUUACCGUUCCAAAAAUUCCCUGUUAUUGACUGGGUCGUAUCGAAGCCAUGGAUGGGUAUUGUAGGAGUUGUUUCGACAUUGCUAGCGAUUAUAUCGUCUACCGGUUUACUCCUUUUGCUCGAUGUGCAGUUCGUGGAUAUGUGUACUGUUAUGCCCUUCUUGAGUUUAACUAUUGGGAUCGAUGAUACUUUCUUGAUGUUGGCGUCAUGGCAUGAGACAGACAGAACUUUGAAUUGGGAAAAACGAUUGGAGCAAGCGAUGAAACAUGCUGCUGUUUCCAUAUCAAUAACAUCCUUAACUGAUACACUAGCUUUUCUCAUUGGAGCUAUGGCACCUCUGCCAGCGGUUAUGUACUUCUGUUACUACUCAUCUGCUGCCAUUUGCUUCAUUUUUAUCUACUGUCUCACAAUAUUUACCGCAUUUCUCUCACUUCAAGCAAAAUGGGAAGAAAAGAGUCAACACUGUCUGGUGGGCAUUAACACCAAAAACUUCUCCGAGCACGAAAAAGCGGACUCCAAAACCCUUUUGCUCAAGAUGGGAACUCGUCCUGUAUCUCUCAUGUCAUACAACAGUUUUUUCCAAAAUAAUAAUGAAAAGGAAAUUCCCAGUGUUACCAAGCUUUCCUUGUCCAAGAUAGAUUCCUUGAAGAAACAUGAUGGUCGGAUGUGGUAUCAGAAGUUUUUUGAAGAUAAAUACGCCUCGUUCAUAGUGCAUCCUUUCAUAUCUGCCAUUUCAUUCGGAUUACUGUGCUCAUAUGUAUUUUUCACAUAUUUAGGCACUCAACGACUAGUCGUAGGAUUUGAUCUAAUCAAUAUUGUUCAAAAGUCUUCAAUAUCCAGAAGUUUUCUCGAAACGAGAGAUAUUCUCUUCCCUGAGGAUGUGACACUCAUGGAUGUUGCUGUCAUGAGCCCCCCUAACAUGGCGGAUGAGAUCCAAAGAAACGACUUCAUGAAAGUUCUUGAGAAAUAUGAAAGCACUUUUUGUUCUGUGGGCAGAAACAGUACUAUGUUUUGGUUCUUUGCUUAUAAAGCAUAUAUUGAUGACUUGGGAUUUGGAUCUGCGUGGGAUACGAUGAGCUCGGACAUAGAGCAAUUCAACGAAAAUUUGAAAAGUUUCCUGAUUUCUCAAGAAAAGUGGAAAUAUGACGUUCUGGAACACUCGAACAACACUAUGAGAGCUUUUCGUUUUUCUACAAAAAUUAGAAACAUAUCCGAUGAUGAGCAUGCUUUCAACUGCGCAAUGGAAAUGAGGCGAAUAUCUUCACAACACCCUCAAUUCAAUCUGACAACCUAUGCUCCACUAUGGAAUAUAGCUGAUCAGUUCGAUAUAAUGUGGCCACAAACUAUGCAAGAUUUAUACAUAUCCAUACUUGUCAUGAUCCCAGUGUCAUUAUUAUUUAUUCCUCAACCACUCUGUGCUAUCGCUAUAUCACUGAACAUAGCAUCAAUAGCUCUGGGCGUUUUGGGAAUGAUGGCUUGGAUUGGAGUGAACUUGGAUGCAACAUCAAUGAUCACGAUUGCCAUGAGUGUUGGUUUCUCCGUCGACUUUGCCGCUCAUGUAUCGUAUGCCUAUAUGACUGCUGACUCUACUCCAGUACCAGGGAAAUGCAAUGCAGAAGUUCGCCUUAGUCGAACGUUAGGUACAGUAGGAUGGCCCGUGACGCAAGCUUCCCUAUCUGUGCUACUGGGAGUGUCGAGCUUAGCCUUCGUAGAUAGCUAUGUCGUUCAGACCUGUUUCAAAACAGUUGUUCUAGUGAUCACUUGCGGAACUACUCAUGCAUUACUGUUUCUCCCUCUCGUUCUAAUGCAUGUACAUAAGGCUUUCCUCUUCUUCAGGAGGUUUAGGAGAGGCAGUGUCGGAGCAGAGAAAUGA